ACAGAGCCGCGAGUGUAUUGCUUCCCCAGUCUUCUUGCUCCCUACUGCCCCCACCACCCGACUCACUGACCACUAACACCUUUCUCAAGGUGGCGGUGUAGCCUAGUGUAGCAGCCGAGGCAUCGCGACAACCACCCGUCUCUACCACCACCAACACCACCACCACCCUCCACCACCACCACCAUCAUCACACCAACACUGUCAUCAUCAUCAUCAUCACCACCACCAUCACCACCACCACCCUGCCGCUCCUACCCUCUUGUAUCGCUUUGCCACUCGCUUGCUGCUGCUGCUGCUGCUCCCGCUGCUGUUGACCGCUGAACAGCUCCUCCUCUGUUACCUAAGAAACAGGGUCGAAAGGCGCCUCCCUGUGCUGGCCGUGUGCCCCCCCUUAGGGUCCGCCCUGUGCCGCCCCCUGGCCCGCUGAAGGAAGGAGCAACAUCCCCUCCACCGCCACCAUACUCGGUUCUAUCUGUGAGUGCAGUCCUCCUGAAACCGGCAAAAUUUCCUUCUCAAGCUUUAAAGCGUCGUUCUCAAGUAAUGUCAACUACCUCAAGAGAAGCCACGUUCUUCUUCUGAUGGGAUGGUCUUCCUUCCCACAUACAGGUUCUCCUCUGGGGACCUGUCUGCUGAGUGCGAGGACGAAGAGAUUGGACUCCGUAAACAAGAAGUUAUUACCCAACAGGCUGAGAGACAGCAAGCGUCGCCCGGGGCACCCCAGUCCCGCAGGCCGUCUCAGAGUCAGUCACUGGACCAUUCUCAGGGCCAGAUUCAGGGCCCAGAUCAGGGCCAGCCUCAGGGCCAGCCUCAGGGCCAGCCUCAGGCCCAAGUGUCUCAGGGCCAAGCUAAAGCUCAGCCCAAGGCCCAGCCUCAGCAGGUGAGUAGCAACAGCAGCAGCGUCGCGGGCGGGGGCGGCGGGGGAGGCAGUACCACCCAGUAUGCCAGCACAGACACUACUACGCCAGCCGCCCCCAGCACCGCCCCCAGCACCGCCCCCAGCACCGGCGGGGGUGGAGGUAGCGGUGGCGGCAGCACUGGAGGCUUCAGUCUUAACUUCUCCAGGCCGGGGUCCAGGACCACCUCGGCUCCUUCCUCCCCCUCCAAGACCAGGGAGAGCUUCCUGCAGCGUGUGUCAUCGUUAACGGGGGCAGUACGAAGCGAGGUCACAGGACAGGCCAGGCCCGCAUACAACAAGGAUCGCUGCUUCACCCUACUCGUUAUAGAUGACCAGAACACUGAUUGGUCAAAGUACUUCCGAGGCAAAAGAAUCCAUGGCGACUGGGACAUCCGGGUGGAACAGGCGGAGUUUCGGGAGCUCAGCGUCACGGCGUCUUCUGAAGGGGGCGUCAACGUUUCCAUGGUCGUCUUCAGGAAUGGUGCCAAAGUCGUCAGAUCCUUCAAGCCGGACUUCGUGUUAAUCCGGCAGAACUUGAGGGACGCCGGAGAAGACCACAAGAAUCUACUGUUGUCCCUCAAGUUUGGUGGAGUUCCUUCCAUCAACAGCAUCAACGCCAUCUACAACUUCCAGGACAAGCCGUGGGUGUUCGCUCACUUGAUGGAGGUGCAGAAGAAAAUGGGGAAGGAGAACUUUCCACUUAUUGAGCAAAGUUAUUUCCCUAACCACAAGGAAAUGCUCUCGGCGCCGAGGUAUCCCUGUGUGUUUAAGAUUGGUCAUGCUCACGGUGGUCUAGGUAAGAUCAGAGUAGAGAGCAACGCAGAUUUCCAGGAUAUGGCAAGUGUUGUGGCUGUAGCGAACACCUACUGUACUACUGAACCCUACAUCGAUGCCAAGUUCGACAUUCACAUCCAGAAGAUCGGCGCUAUGUACAAGUGCUUCCAGAGAAAAUCCAUUUCUGGCAACUGGAAGACAAACACGGGGUCAGCUAUGUUGGAGCAGACGGCCAUGACUGAGCGAUACAAGGCCUGGGUCGACGAGGUGUCAUCGCUGUUUGGUGGACUUGAUAUAUGCGCCAUUGAAGCCAUAGUGGACAAGAACGGCAGUGAACACAUUAUUGAGGUGAACGACUCGGCCCUGACGCUCAUGGGCGACUCCCAGGAGGAUGAUCGGCGCUACAUAGCAGAACUGGUCGCUAUCAAGAUGCAGGACAACUGCCACGUCCAGGGAGUAACUCGGCCGAUGGAGUUGACUCGGGGCUCCUCACGACAGUCACUCAGCGGUACUAUGUCAUCUAGAGGCGGCUCACCUACCGAGGAUACUUCCCGCUUGAUAAUGGGAGAGACGCCUAUCCCAGGGGGUUCACCUAGCCAACAGCGACGUGAUUCUCAAGCCUCCCAGUCAAGCAGCAUCAGUGGGUUUAGUAGCGCCAGCGGCACCCGACGACAGCCCGACGAGAGCAGUCAGUCAUCCCAACCGUCGGCGGCGCAGCAGAAGGCACCUCUCUUCGGCCGUCAGACCUCAGUCACCACCACCAACGAGAGCACGCCCGGCGGCGGCGGUGGAGGUGGUGGCGACGACACGGAAGACACCAUGAAGAACUUGAGGAAGACCUUCGCUGGGAUCUUCGGGGACAUGUAGAGGGAGUGAGGCAGACGCUGCUGAAGAUCUGCAGGAGGAGGGUGAUUAGAACCUAAAGAACUCUGCAGGGUAGUAGGACCUAAAAUCCGCAGAUGUAAGGUAUUAAUACCUUAUGAGCUACUGAAGGGUUGUAGGACCUAACUAUCUGCAGAUGGAGGGUUGUAGGACCUGAAAAACUGCCAGAGGAUGAUAGUAAGAACUCACACAGCAAGAGGAGAGCACCCAACACCAAACAUCAUCAGUUCUGUCGUGUAAGGUGAGGCGCCGCGUCCCCCUCCACCCCCGGGAGACCACUUCACCAGUUAUCACAAAUCAUCAUCGGCUCAAACGUUAGCACUUAAGUCUUGGGAUAGAUUCUGCCUUAAAAUAUAUCUUAAACUAACGACAAACAUAAUGUAGAUAAAAAAAACGAUAAAAAAAAACACUCCGGAUGACAUUAUCGUAUAUAUAACUGUUUUUUUUUUUUGGCAUCUGAGUUAUACGAAAAAAAAAACGAGGAAAUCCAACCCCCAAAUAAGGGUUAUUUUGGGUAGAAUCUACGCGUAUGAGAGCAUGGUGUGCGUUGAUUGUUCUUUGUUCACCUGACGCCUCGUAGUGGAGUGACCUCUAGCGGGCGUCGAGGUAAACAAGCAAGAAUGAACACACACCAUAUCCACAUUUGAGUGGGAUUCGCUCACUAACACCCCACCCACCCCUUGCUCCCCCGCUUCUCCUCGGCUGUGGUGAAGAUGACCGCUGUGGUAUUUGAGCCUUACUGGAAAAAUAAUAAAAUAAAGCUCAUAUUUCUCUGUUUUGUACAAGUCAACAGGAGAUACCUCGCCUGUAACGGUAUUAAGCGAAUUAAUGGUGGAUUCUGGUGUAACGGCAUCAUUACUGUCAUUAGCAUACAAGAAACAUAUAUAAGAACUGGUCCAUGAUUUAUUAUAAGAUUUAUUUAAUAUAGAAAUGUGGAGCAUAAUGUAUUUAAGAUAGUAAUUUAUUAGUUUUAUUGAUAUAACUCAAGUGACGUCAUGAGAGAUGCCAGUUCGUUUAUUUCUACGUGAGAGGUGCUAGUUAGCCAUUAUCCACCUAUAUACCGAAAGUAUUGAUGAUAUCGCCAAUCUUUUCACAGUUGCUGUUGUGUGAGGCGAGGAUUCAUAAACACGACAUCACAUAAGACGAACAGAGAGUUACUUAGGAGUGUAGGCCAAGCUUCAUAGCGUUACUCUAGUUACCCAGGCCACAGCAGGAAGCCUCUGUUAUAAGGAAUAUAUCUAAGUCAAACAUAACAGCAAAGUAUUGUUUACCUAAUUCAUUAUUGUUGGGCCAUGAACGAGUCUUUCCAACGAUUUUCUUAAGUCCACGAGUUCAUAAGUCCAGACUGCGUGCGUAACCCAGGUUCUUGGACCUUCGGCAGCCAAUCAGCGCCUGAAAUUUAAUCACGUGAUCUUUAUCCAAUGAGUGGUUUAGGAUAUGCUGACAUGAUUACUAGCUAUUGAAUAAUUAGGAAUGUGCGUCCAAUAUUUGGUCCCGCGAGUGUUGUACCAAGUUAACCCGCGACUAUCGGCAAUAAUUAUCUCCAGGUUCGCAUUCGUGAUUAUAUUAGUCAAAAGUAAGUGCAGAUGGUGAGGAGGUGGAGGACGUGGGUCACUAGAAGCAUCUGGAGCUCUUGUGUAUUUGAUGACCUUACCAAUGUUGUUAGCAAUAUGCUCUGUGUUGUUUUAUCUCGUGGGUAGAACACUUGUGGUUGUUUGUUCUGUGCGUGGACGUUGAUGUGUUUCUCUCUAAUUGACUUUUGUGAUUGUCUAACCUCUAGAAUUUUGAUGGUCUCUAGACACUGUAGCAGCGGCAACGGCACUGGUGUCUGGGGGUGUUGGCUCAAUGAGGUUGUGGUGUUCCCCGGAGGUGCUGUGAGUGACCGUGUUGUAGUGAGUGGCAGGAGGGUGGAAGUACUUGUGAGUGACGGUUGUUGUAGUGAGUGGCAGGAGGGUGGCCAUCACCUGCAGGUCGCUAUAGUGCUGCAGGUUAGUCACUGAUGACUCGUUGUUGUGUUGUCAUUAUAAGUGUUGUGUCUCCACGAUCAUGACACCAGACAGCCGCUCAGAUACAAAGAUCAUUUACAGUAAUGUGGAAAAAAGUCUUAACUUACCACACCCCAACUUAACCUGACUAAGUUUGGUCUAACCCAACUUAGGCCAUUCUAAACUUAACCUAUACCUGUUCUGUUAAUCUGUGACCUGAAACUUACAGCUACCCGUGGAAAUACGAGCCUCACAGCCUCUCGUCCUGGGUUCAGUGCCCUUGCCGGUGAACACAAUUAACUGUUGUCCUGUAUGGUGCAACGGAUGCCUUGGUAUAUAUACAUAUAAUUCGUAACUAUAUGUUGAGCCUAAAUGUAACGAUAAUUAAGAAAUCUGAACGACAAAACGAAAGAGUUUCACUACUUGUAUUUUUAUUCAUUUUUGGAAGGGUGUACUUGUUUCUGUUGGUGACCCCGACAACACGUGACCUCUCCUGGUUUUUACGGGGAAUUUUGACCUUCUCCUAGAGUGAUGAACCUUAUCCUCAGCCUAAGGUCAAACUUCUACCCACAAAAGAGCGCCCCUGGUCCUGCUGCAGGAGUGUGGCGGGGUAUUGACAGACCUACCAGCCUCGCGUCCAUCUGUGAGGCCUCUUGGCUUUCUCACCGACCAGGACUGUAUUGGAGUUCUCUCUCUCUCUCUCUCUCUCUCUCUCUCUCUCUCUCUCUCCCCCAUCACUUAACUUAGGUCUCCCGUGGCCCUGUGAACCAACCAGCUGGAAAAACCUGAUCUCCUGGCCCCCGACCCUGUCUUCUGGGGUUCGGUGGACAUCGGCCAGACAUUCCACAGCUCCCGUGAUCCUUGUGAAGACCAAGGAGAGGAAGGAUCCCUCGUGUCCUGGGUGUACGUUAGGUGUGUGAGUGUGUGGGUGUGGCGCACUUCUAUUACCAUAUCCGUGUUUAGCCUUGACUUCGUUGCUUGUUAAUUGGUUUCUACAUUGUUGAUAUUGGAGACAGCUGAUUGGCACUGCCAUAGGUAUAUAGGUUAUAUCCAUGUCUGGGACAACUCGAGAAGAAUUUAAAUAAAAAAGUAAGUGGACUAAAUUGAUUAUUGAUGUGUAAAGAUAUACUAUAGUGUGACUUUUGAUGCAAUGCCCGUAGUUUGUUUACAUUAUACGGACUGACAGACGCGACCAGCUGGGCAGUGGCUGUGUAUUGAUAUGUUCCUCAGUCUGGCUUCCAGUUUACGUCUCUCAGAUGUGUCAUCCUCAGUGUUGUGUUAAAAAAACUGGUGUAUUUCAUGAGUAACGUUUGAUAUAUUGCCCGUGCCACAUUACUUACCAGGAGGAACUGAGUGAUAUUAAAUAACAUCUAAAAACACUUAACAAUAUAUAUCACAGGUAUCGCUGACGCCCUUAAGCAAAUGUGUUUUGUUAGACCCUGAGAGUUUGUCUGUCUCUCCAACACGAGACACAUCCAUGACUCCAGCCUAAGGUCUGUGUGUCUCCCGUGAACCUCCAGUUGUGAUGUGGAUGAAAUACAGAAACUUUAUUUAACACGUUAGGUGAAGAUUUUAAACACAGCAUUACAUAAAGACCAGACGGUAACAGUUCACGGUUGAGGUAGACGAUCAUCACUAGAAUACGAACAUCUUUUAGAACUUAAUUUCAAAGUAGAGUCUCCCAAGUCAAUCUAUGGGAGUACCUGAGAGAUGAGACUUUAACCCUCAUCAAUCAAUCAGAGUUCCCUUUCCCCCACUCGAUCUAAGGGUUGGUGACCACGGCCCUCCACUCUAUAUGUUUUCAGAGUUGUAUUAAUAUUAAUCUUCUCAGGUUGUAUAAUUACCAACACUCAAGGUCAGCACGGAGUGGGUAGGGGUCACUGUCUUACUCUGAACCCCAGCUGAUGACGUCAGCAAGUUCCUCCACAUCAACAUUAGGGAAUAUGAGGGAUGUACACAGCCAAUAUGAGGGAGUAUAAGGAAGUACACGGCUAAUAUGAGGGAGUAUAAGGAAGUACACAACUAAUAUGAGGGAGUAUAAGGAAGUACACAGCUAAUAUGAGGGAGUAUAAGGAAGUACACAACUAAUAUGAGGGAGUAUAAGGAAGUACACAGCUAAUAUGAGGGAGUAUAAGGAAGUACACAACUAAUAUGAGGGAGUAUAAGGAAGUAAACAGCCAAUAUGAGGGAGUAUAAGGAAGUACACAGCUAAUAUGAGGGAGUAUAAGGAAGUACACAGCCAAUAUGAGGGAGUAUAAGGAAGUAAACAGCCAAUAUGAGGGAGUAUAAGGAAGUAAACAGCCAAUAUGAGGGAGUAUAAGGAAGUACACAGCUAAUAUGAGGGAGUAUAAGGAAGUAAACAGCCAAUAUGAGGGAGUAUAAGGAAGUACACAGCUAAUAUGAGGGAGUAUAAGGAAGUACACCGCUAAUAUGAGGGAGUAUAAGGAAGUACACAGCUAAUAUGAGGGAGUAUAAGGAAGUACACAGCCAAUAUGAGGGAGUAUAAGGAAGUACACCGCUAAUAUGAGGGAGUAUAAGGAAGUACACAGCCAAUAUGAGGGAGUAUAAGGAAGUACACCGCUAAUAUGAGGGAGUAUAAGGAAGUACACAGCCAAUAUGAGGGAGUAUAAGGAAGUACACAGCUAAUAUGAGGGAGUAUAAGGAAGUACACAGCUAAUAUGAGGGAGUAUAAGGAAGUACACCGCUAAUAUGAGGGAGUAUAAGGAAGUACACAGCUAAUAUGAGGGAGUAUAAGGAAGUACACCGCUAAUAUGAGGGAGUAUAAGGAAGUACACCGCUAAUAUGAGGGAGUAUAAGGAAGUACACAGCCAAUAUGAGGGAGUAUAAGGAAGUACACAGCCAAUAUGAGGGAGUAUAAGGAAGUACACAGCUAAUAUGAGGGAGUAUAAGGAAGUACACAACUAAUAUGAGGGAGUAUAAGGAAGUACACCUAAUAUGAGGGAGUAUAAGGAAGUACACCGCUAAUAUGAGGGAGUAUAAGGAAGUACACAACUAAUAUGAGGGAGUAUAAGGAAGUACACAGCUAAUAUGAGGGAGUAUAAGGAAGUACACAACUAAUAUGAGGGAGUAUAAGGAAGUACACAGCUAAUAUGAGGGAGUAUAAGGAAGUACACAGCUAAUAUGAGGGAGUAUAAGGAAGUACACCGCUAAUAUGAGGGAGUAUAAGGAAGUACACAGCCAAUAUGAGGGAGUAUGAGGGAUGUACACAGUGUCACUCUACAGCUGCGUCGUGUCUCUCUGUCUGUCUGUCUCUCUCCCCUUUCCUCUCGUUGCCAGCAGUUGACCUUGGUUGUGUUUGACAAUUAAUUAGACAUUUUAUGAGUGUGUUGUGUAAAACAAAUUUGUAUAUUUUUCGGUGUGAAGGUCAUAAGCGUCGUUUAAGGCGUCAAUUUAGAGGUUCUUAGGUAACAUGAUACUGUUUUGGAGUGUGUGUGUGCGUGUGGGAGUCUCUGGGAUCUCAAUAUCAAUGUCAUGCCAAAUUUAAACUAGAAUCUACCCAGAAAAAUGUGUACAGCAAAUCAAGUGUGUUUAGAGGAAUGCGUGUAAAUGCGUAUCCUCAUUACACUUCGAUUAUUUUGUACAGGUUUAAGGUCGUGGUCUCAAAGAUGACAUAACACUGAUUUUGAGGUUCAUGGACACACUAUACACGUGUUCCUUACUACUUCAUGGUUCCAAUAUAAUGCUAUCUUUGAUACUCUAAAAUGACCUUUAAUUCGUUAUGACUUUGGUGUUGCGGGUGAUUCUUUAGAAAUAUUUUAGGGAACCCGUAACGGAAUUGGUUUGAUUCUUUGCAUAAAUAAAUAACAUUAAGCUAGUGAAUACCUGAUCAAUAAAUAGUAUAAAAGUAUACAAUAAUUUAUGUGUCUUGUAUUAAAUGAGAAGAAUAAUGUUUCGACUGCUAAACUCAAGUGAAAUUAGGAUUUCUAUUCUAGAUCAAAAUAUCAAAAUAUUUUCUUCUUUCUUUUGAUCAGUGGAUAAGUUAGAUUCUACAUAAUGUUGCUUGUUAUAGUGCUAACUAGUGUUGAGGAUUUACAGACAGUACUCUUGUAAUGCCUUCUCGUGUGCCCGGGCGGAGAACUCAGCACCUGGUGAACAAUCGCGAUACUACAGUGUGACGUCAUAAAAAUUAAUAAAUGGUGCAAUGGGAAAACAAUGUCACAUAAGCAUAAUAUUCACUGACGUCAUAAAAGAACUGAUCACGUCAAAUCAGCCGUUAUUAGUGCAAUCAAAAGAACCAAUCACAACCGCACAAAAAAUUAGAGAAGUCACCAAAACACCCAAACGCUAAUACUGUACAACAUUCGCAUCAGAUUAACCAAUCGGAUCCAUACAAAUAAAGAAGAUGCAAUCUAAACAACCAAUCACACAACACAACGUACUGGCGUCAUCAUUACGUUACCACUAUGUCACUAAAAACCUCCAACACCAUCACACCUCAGAGAAAAAUAUUUCCUUACUGUGGCAGACGCGAUGAGUCUCGUUACAUUACCCCGUUGACAAGUUGCCUUACACUCUCAAAUACCAGCUAGUUAAUGCCUCCAUAAAUGAAUCUUUAAACAUUUAAUGCUUCUGAUUCCCACCUGCAAUCUCAAGUAAGUAAACACCUUUAACAUCUCCCCAGGUGCUGAGUUCCACGUCCGAUCGGGGGGAAAAAAAAACUAACGUUGUCCCCCCCUGUCCUCCCCAGCCCCUCCUAACAUUUAAAGAAAACGGAUAUUUGUUUUUGUACUAGAUAAACCAAAAAUAUUUCUCCUGAUUCUACACUUUCAUUAAAUAUUUCCUUUGUUUAUUUUUCAUGAUUACUUUGUAGACGAUACCCUUAAUAAUGAUAAUAAAUAAUAAAAAAACGACCUUUUUGUACAUAUGAGUAUCUGUUAUUGUAAAUUUAUGUAAAUAUACAUUGCUGUCACGAUUCAUUACAAUUUUGUUUGGUUGUACUCUCGGCCGCCAUAGACGAGGCGGUGUUUGUAUAAGAAUAAGAGUGAAUUAAGUGUCGUCCAAA